GAAGACUGAAUACUAAUUAGAAUUGAUUUUAUGAAAAUAAGUAUGAUCUUGUUGGUCGUGUUCGGGUACUAAUGUUAUUUUUGUUCUUACUGUUCAGUAAUGUAGAAGAAAAGAAUGAUGGCUUUGCAAAGCGAUUAUUCGGCAGCAAACAAAGAGGUUGUGCGGAUUAACGAUUGUGGAAUCGUUGCUGAUUCCUGGAGGAAGUAUGUUGACAGAAAAAAUAUAGUCCUGCAGUUCCUCGGAAACAAUUUAAGCGUAGAUAUCUUGAAGCACUAUGAAACAAGACUGGAACUUUUGAAAAAAUCCUCUUAUUACAUAGAUGUCUUACCAAAACACAUGGUGCUGGGAGACCAGAAUUUAUUCCAGCCUAAUGUUCUCUAUCAUUUGAUUGAUCCGUGCAAGUUCUUGCGGAUGAAGAAAAUAGGAACGACCCAGGUCAAAAUCCAGCUCUUGCUGCUUAGAGAAUACCUCAGUGAGCUGAAGUAUGGUCGCGAAGAGCUGAAGGUCAUUGCCAAAAUAUCGGACGUGACGCUGUUUCUCUUACAUUGGAACACGACCUGUUCCCGUCUCGGUCACCUCUUCAAUACGUUGAAGAACUUCAUAUCCGUUCUCGUACCUGGCAAACUUUACGUGAAGCAUCACUUGAUGAGCGAUGCAAAGUCGAACAAAAUACCAGAACUCAGGGUGCUUCUGAGCACCAAGAUGCCCGUACUGUUUGAUCGCAGGGAGUCAGUGGCUUAUCACAACUCUGUGGAAUUGAAAUGGUUGGUCUUAGGGGAAGAGGCCCACCACGACCUCUACGAACUCGCCUAUAAACUGCUCGAGCCUCGUUAUUGCACGGAGAAAAAUCAGUUUGGGGUGAUUUCGGUAGAAUCGGGCAGUAUUGAGAUUGGAAAUCUCCUGCCUGACAGCUCGUACGAAUUUUCAAUCAGACGCGCAGAGAACUACACGCUAGUUUACUCGGCGUGGUGUGAUGUCAUGGUCCUGAAAACCAAAGCAUCAAUCCACCUACAGUACGUGGGGAAGAAAUCAUGUCACUUCACAUAGACCUCCACAUCACCACACCACACAGUCUACACUCAUUGAAACAUUUUAGCCAUCUGCUAGAACUUCCUAUCAUGAAAAUAAUCUGCAACGUUAGCUGAAAGUUAAAGAAGGUUAGAAGUAAAUAAAUAGCAAAGAACAAAAGCAAGUGCAAAAGCAAGAAAAAGACUCACUCCAUUACCAAGUGCAUUUGGUUUUCUGCCACAUCAAGGCUCAUUGUGCUCAUCGUGUAGAUAAUCAAUUUUAAAACAUUUAAAAAAUAUACCCAUUUCUGUACCCAUAUACCAACCAUUUCUUUCAUGAUUCACAUGAAAACAAUCGAUGGCUUUCCCUUUAGCUACAAACACAAUAAACUGUUCAAAUAAUCGAUCAGAGAGCAAUAUCAAAUGCUGGGUGGUGUUAAAUACUCAUGCCAGGUUUUACAUUAAACUGGCUUUAUGUAUUGUAAAAAAAAAUUUAAACGGAUGUUGCCUCUGUAAGACUAUAGUAUAUUAUUGCAAUUGAUUCAUGCAUUUUGUUUUUACUUGAUUCCUCUAACUAGAUUUUUCUACAUUAUAAGUUAUUCCUACAUCAGAUGCAUUAUCCCCAGGCUGGUCCACGCAUUCUAAUCUCUGAAGGAUUCUCAGGAGGACGAACAAGGGAUAAUAUUAAAAUUUGGCUUUGUUCCCUCUUUACUAUGGAGAUUAUUUUAAAGUCCAAGCGAGUGCUGGACCGUAAAAGGUGUGAGGUCACAAUCACCCACACUAUAGUUCAGUACAAUGGAGAAAUCUUAGUCUGCAUGUAAAUUAUUCAAGGUUCAGAGUUAGUUAAGUUACUUUUGCUGCAAGGCUUUUAGAUCUGAGAAAUAAUGUCUAUUUUGGCUUAGUCGUAAAGUUGGAUCCCAUGUCAAUUACAGUAAUGUUUUCACAAAAGUUUUUAUAAAAAAGGUGCGCCUUGUGACGGAAUGAUGCUGAAUAUAUUAAAUAAAAGUUUGCACUAUUAAUACUCAGGGGGUUAUUGGUGCCUGUAUUGUUGUACAAGUGCUUGUGAACUGGAAGAAGAAACAGCAUGGGCGGCACGGUGGCGCAGCGGUAGAGUUGUUGCUUAACAGCCCCGACAGCGCCAGAGACCCAGGUUUGAUCCAGACUACGGGUGCUGUCUGUACGGAGUUUGUACCUUCUCCCCGUGACCUGCGUUUGCUCAGAGAUCUUCGGUUUCCUCCCACACUCCAAAGACGCACAGGUUUGUAGGUUAAUUGGCUUGGCAUAAAUGUAAAAUUCUCCCUAGGGUGUGUAGGAUAGUGUUAAUGUGCGGGGAUCGCUGGUAGGUGUGGACUCUUUGGGCCGAAGGGCCUGUUUCCCCGCUGUAUCUCUAAACUAAACUAAACUAAAAUCAUCCAGCCAGCAGUACCUUCCCACACUUGCCAUCACUCCCUCCAGCCACAAGAGUAGUCAGCACAUUCUGGGAUACAACGGCCCUCCGAUACUUUAGCGCGCCCAGUGUCAUUUUUCAUGGGUGAUCUAAACUGUCAGAACUUUUGCAUGCCUAAAUGCCAUGGGAAGUGGAUGACAGAGGAUGAAGUGGGAAGUGUUGGCACCAUCGACCUUAAUUAUGCCACCGAGACGUUUGAAACCAAGAGUCACUGGAUGGUGAGUGCAACGCAAUCUUGCUCUGCGGAGUCGGGGAACACUUGAGGCCACUGCUGCAUCAUUAUUACUGCUUCAAUUGUAGAGAGGCAGGGAAGAAAUAAAUGAGAAUGAGAAAGCACGAAACAAAGAUGGAUUAUAUAUAUAUAUAUGUAUACAGAAUAACAUUAACCCUUUGUCAUACAAAUGCAGGCAAUUCCAGAUGAAAGCUUCAGACAAUAACAUCACCCAAACCAACCUCAUGCCCAUUGAAGAUAGACACAAAAUGCUGGAGUAACUCAGUGGGUAGGCAACAUCUCUGGAGAGAAGGAAUGAGUGACGUUUCGGGUCGAGACCCUUCUUCAGGCUCAGUCUUUCCUACUCACUUCCAUUGACUCCAUUUGCACCUCAGGCUGCCUCGGCAAGGACAGCAGCAUAAUCGAGGACAAGUCACACCCUGGCCACUCCCUCUCCUCCCCUCUCCCAUCGAGGUACAGGUAUGGAAGUGUGAAAACGCACACCUCCAGAUUCGGGGGCAGUUUCUUCCCAGCUGUUAUCAGGCAGCUGAAACACCUUACCACAACCAGAAAGCAGUGCUGAACGACUAUCUACCUCAUUGGGGACCCCCGGACUACCUUUGAUUGGACUUUACUGGCUUUACCUUGCACAAAAUGCUAUUUCCUUAUCAUGUAUCUUACACGGAGAAGGCCUUGUUUAAUCAUGUAUCAUUUUUCCACUGACUGGUGAGCACGCAACAAAAGCUCGUGCUCAAUAUUAAAUUUCAUCUGUCAAUGCUCCAUCCAAUUGUCCACCGGUUCUCUAGCCUUCCGUACUGUCCACAACAUCACCAAUUUUCAUUUCAUCUGAAGACUUACUGAUCAUAACACCAAAUUUCAUACCCAAUUUGUUAACAUAAAUCACAAGCAACAACAAGGGUCCCAGCGUUGAUCCUUGUAGCAAAUCAUUCAUCAUAGAUUUCCAGUCAGAAAAUCGUCUUUUGACCAUUACUCACUGUUUCCUAUCAUCCAGUCAAUAUUGAAUGCAAUUCGUGUCCAGUCUGAGGAAGGGUUUUGACCCAAAACGUCACCAUUUCCUUUUCUCCAGAGAUGCUGCCUGACCCAUUGAGUUACUCCAGCCUUUUGUGUCAGUCAUUGAGCUCAGUUCACCAUUUCACCUUAGAUGACGUGUGCCUUAACCUUUUAGACCAACUUACCCUGUGCAGACUGGUCUGCCAGCUAUAGGUAUAUGGACCACCGUAACUAAAUCCUCCAGAAUUACCAGCAGGACAAACUGAUCAUUGAUAUGUCCUUUCCCAGGUCAGCAUCCCAACCACAAGGUCCCAAUAACAAUGUGUUGACUCCAUUCACAUCAUUCACCUGCCUGAUAUUUUUCACCCGGAGAAACCCACGUGGCCACGGAGAACGUACAAACUCCAUACAGACAGCGCCGUGGUCAGGAUUGGACCCGAGUCUCUGGCAUUGCUUUUGAGGAAUGCGUGCCUCAGUUAAAAGCUCAUUUGUUGUUCAAAAAGUUAAAGGUGAUGCUGAACUGACAUUGUUCUGCUGAGUUGUCGAGUCUAGUUUAGUUUACAGAUACAAAGAGGAAGCAGGGUCCUUCCACCCAACCAACUGUGCGCGACCAGCAUUCACCCCGUACACUAGCAUAUACUACACCUGGAACCAUUUACAAUUUUUACCCAAAGCCAAUUAAUCUACAAACCUGUACGUCUUUGGAGUGAAGGAGGAAACUGGAACACCCGGAGAAAACCCACGGUGGCACAGAAAGAAC